GCGGGCGGCGGAAGCAAAAAGUUUUCUUGGCUCUCGGACCAUUUCUAAAGCUUGUUACCGUCAUUGUUCUCACCGCUACAUCUUGUCUCACAGCAGCAUGAAUGGUCAACGAGGUGACGACUUGGACGAUGACUUCGUGCCAGACGAACUCGUUGCUACCUCUGGUGAGGAGGAUAAUGGUCCAGGCGAUGAUAUAAGUGGUCUUCUUAGUGCAGAUGAAGAUGCUGAGGAAGCGGAGGUUUAUAUCAAGGAGAAAUCAAUGACAGAAAAGAAACGCAAACGGAGGGAGAAGGAGAAGGAGCGCAAGAUCAAGAAGAGGAAGUUAGCAGAAACAGUCGAGGUUACCGAGCCUCUUUCAGUGGCAGCGCAACCUGCUCACAAACUCGCAGACUAUGUCUCAUCUAUGCAAGUCAAAGCUUUCCCUGCCAUGUCUGAGAUAGAACUCAGCGACGUCUUGAUACCCGAAGCAUCGAUCGUGGAUACAGCGAUAUGGACGGGAUCGAGAACAUUAGACAAUUUGGUUGAGUUCAUUAUCGAAGUUCUUCCGACACUACACACCCGUCUGUCGCAAAGAUCCAAAGUGGCUGGAGCUCCCACCUUGCUGUUCAUAGCCGGAGCUGCACUCCGAGUUGCUGAUGCGACCAGAGUUCUCAAAGAUAAGAGGCUGCGCCGUGAGAAGGGUGCAGAUGUAGCAAAGUUGUUUGCGAGACACUUUAAACUCGAAGAGCACGUUUCUUAUCUCAAGAGGUCAAAAAUUGGUUCUGCUGUUGGAACUCCUGGAAGAAUCGGGAAACUAUUAUGUGAAACCGACGCCCUUUUGGUGUCUCAGCUCACACACAUUAUCCUGGAUAUCUCAUAUCGAGAUACAAAGAAAAGAAGUUUGUUGGACAUCCCAGAGACUCGGGACGAAGUAUUCCGAACUGUUCUAGGGGCGCCGAAUGUACUCAAGGGUAUUCAAGAGGGGAAAAUCCAACUGGUGUUUUUCUAGUCGAUCCCAUGGGAUUAAGUUAUGUAAAAGUAUAAUACUGCAUUCUAUAUAAAGAGACAUCACUUAAAAUCCCUUCGGGUUGACUCUUAGUGUGAGCUAAUAAGUGAACAUUUCAAUAUACCAUGCGAAAUUAAUGAUAAC